AUGAAGCCUCUCAUCAUCCUACUCUAUUUCAUCUCGAUUUGGGCAAGUCGGGCGGUCGCACAGGAUGAAGCCAAACUGCGUGCUGCCUGGAAGUGCUGUCCUCUACCGAAAGAUCGGUGCUGUCUGGAUGUCAUUCGCUACUUGAGGCCCAUUUUUUUGGCUUGCCCGGACAUUGUCGAUGAGGAAAAGGUCUAUGAAUGUGCGAACAAGGUGCUGUACCCCGAGCAGAAAUACGUCAGUAUGAAGAAAAAAGACGCGCUGUGCACCGUGGUCAUGGAGCUAAAUCGCCCCUAUUUGUUGGAGUACCAGGCGUCGCCCGGUCUCUCCAACGACGAUAUCACUGCCACUCUACGGCUGAGCUGCUCGCUGGAGAACCAGCGCUUUAAGUGCUAUCGACGCUGUCUGGACCAACUGGCCGAUGGGACCAUGACAAGUCCAACAGAAUGCGUGUGUUCGAAGGAUGAGCUGGAGACUGUUCCCGGCCCGUUUGGGUAUCCUGUUUCCUCUCCGACGGUCACCGCUGUGGAAGGGGAUACGCCGGAAGAAAAACAGGCUCGGAUAGCCCACGCUGUGCGACUUCACCGGAUUAAGCUGAAUAUAACGGAAAUCCCGAAAGGACAGUAU